UCGAGAAGGAAACACCGAGGCGAAAGUAAGGCGGUUCCUCGCUCACGUCAGGACAGCUGUUCAUUCAUGUCUGUGGAAGAACUCAAGGCUAAAAUACAGCAAUUGGAAGCCGAAUUAAAGCAGCUGAGAGAUGACAAGGGCGGUGCAAGAGAGAAAAUCGCCCAAAUGUCGGGUGAAGUGGUGGAUAGUAACCCGUAUAGCCGAUUGAUGGCUCUAAAGAGAAUGGGAAUUGUGGAAGACUAUGAAAAGAUUAGAACUCACACUGUUGCUGUAGUUGGAGUUGGUGGUGUUGGCAGUGUGACUGCGGAAAUGCUCACUAGAUGUGGUAUCGGUAAGCUUCUGUUAUUUGACUAUGACAAAGUAGAGCUGGCCAACAUGAACCGACUGUUCUUCCAGCCCCACCAAGCAGGGCUUAGCAAAGUUGCUGCUGCAGCUAACACUCUGCAGUUUAUCAAUCCAGAUGUCACAUUUGAAACUCAUAACUAUAAUAUUACAACUGUAGAUAAUUUUGACCACUUCAUGGACAGAAUUAAGACUGGUAGCUUAACGGGUGGACCAGUGGAUCUUGUGCUGAGCUGUGUGGAUAACUACGAGGCCCGAAUGGCUGUUAACCGAGCAUGUAAUGAAUUGGGUCAGACGUGGUUUGAGUCUGGUGUUGCAGAAAAUGCAGUCUCCGGUCACAUUCAGUUCCUGAUCCCAGGGGAGAUUGCUUGUUUUGAUUGUGCGCCUCCUCUUGUGGUUGCAAGCCAGAUUGAUGAGCGUACCUUGAAACGAGAGGGUGUCUGCGCAGCUUCUUUACCCACAACAAUGGGUAUAGUUGCCGGCAUGCUGGUGCAAAAUGUUCUCAAGUACUUGCUGAACUUUGGUCAGGUGUCCUACUACUUAGGUUACAAUGCCUUAGUGGACUUCUUUCCAACAAUGACGGUGAAACCCAACCCUCAGUGCGAAGACUCUUGGUGCCGGAAGAGACAAGCGGAGUACAAUGCAAAGAAGGCAGCUGAACCCAAGGUGGAAAAGGUGGUGGUAGAGGAGAAAGCUGUUGUCCAUGAGGAUAAUGAGUGGGGUAUUUCUCUUGUUGAUGAGACAGCUCCUGAGGAGGCCAGCUCUGAGCCUCAAGUUUCAGGUCUCGCAAAGGGUAUAACGGUAGCCUACGAGAGACCAGCCCCGACGAGCACCGAGGAAGAGGCUAACGUGGUCCAAUCAGAAGACACCUCCCUGGAUGACCUCAUGGCGCAAAUGAAGUCGCUGUAAGGCUGUUUAAUAAGUGGGAGGGUGGGUAUUUUGGGACUGAUGUUGACGAAAAGGAAAAAAUUUGUAGAGAAACCAAUUCAAAAUGUAUGUAUCAUAGAAGCUCUGGAAUAAUCAUAGUUUGUCUGAUGAUGAAUCUCUCCAAGAGUUAAAAAAUAAUUGUUUUUCUUCUUUAAAAAAAUACUCCAUUGGUUUUCUAUCUCUUCUGGUAUUCCUAUAUAUUUUGUAAAGAAGAGAAUAAAAUCACAAGUGCCCAAGUAAUGAAUUUAACUGUUAUCAAAGCUCUCAGAAUUUAUCUUUAGGAAAUUUUAUGAAAUACUUGCAUGAUUGUAUAUUUCAUUAGGAUAUUAUCAGUGGUUUGAUGUGAGGCUCAAACUUACUCACGUGAGGAAAUGUUAUACAAAUGUUUAAUUUUACUUUUUUUUUUUUUUUUAUAGAGUAUAUUGUUUUUGUUUGGAACAUUUAUAAAUCUCUUCUCUUUUUUGUGUCUUUGUUAUGAAUCAUGUUAUUUAAUUGAUAUGCUUAUAUAUAUUUUGAAUAUAUCAAGUCUGAAGAACAUUCCCCAUCUGCUGCUUGUUUUAUAGGUAAAAGUUUAUUAUGCUUAAUUAUUUCUGGAAAGUCGGAGAUAAGCUGUAUUUCACAAUCUUAAGAUUGAAAUUAUCACUGCUGCUGAUUGAUAUACAUAUUUUUUUUACAUUAAAUUAUUUAUAAAUUA